AUGGUUUCGCAGUUCUCCGGGCUCCCCUUUUACCGCGCUGCCAAUCUGACAGUGGACACGAGCCAUGCGCAACAAAAGUACUUCGAAGACGAGGACAAGAGUGUCCUAGACGACGCCAUCCUCGACCACAGCGCCGUCGACUCGGGCCUGGAGCUCUCCCCCCCAAUGGCCAACAGUCGCAGAGAGUCCUUUGCUGUCAACAGUGCCAUCUUCUCGCCAAAGACGGAGGACUGGCAUUCCGUCGACAUGCAGUCGGUGCCUUCCAACAACCCCUUUGUUGACCAGCAGAGCAACACCAGCAACAACCCCUUUAUGCGUGUCGACCAGAACCCGCAUCACGUCUUCGGCCAGCAGCAGGGCGGCGGCUGGCUCAUGGGCCACGGCUCCGGCUCCGGAACCGCCACGCCCUUUCAGACCUUCGAUCAGGUCCCCGCGGCAGAAUACGACUCUGGCACCUCUAUUUUCCAGCGCCACAUGCAGAGCCAGACGCCCUUCAGCAAUCCUGGCAACCUCUUCGGCCCUCUUGGUCAAGGCGACCAGUCCAUCCCGACGUCGCCUUCAAAGGAGUGGAUGGCUGCUUCUCAAUCCGUCAACAAGAAGAUGCGUCCAGGCAGCCCCGUCAUCAGGUCCCACAACGACAUGAGACGAGGCGACGGAAUCCGCAAGAAGAAUGCCCGCUUCGAGAUCCCUGCCGAGCGCAACCUCAGCAACAUAGAUCAGCUGAUCGCCCAGUCUACUGACGAGCAAGAGGUCAAGGAGCUCAAGCAGCAAAAGCGCUUGCUACGGAACCGUCAGGCAGCCCUGGACUCGAGGCAGAGGAAGAAGCAGCACACUGAACGUCUGGAAGACGAAAAGAAGCACUUUACUACCCUUGUCACUGACAUGGAAGAAGAGAUCAACGACCUCAAGGCCAAGAUGGAUCAGCUCCUGCGCGAGAAGCAAUCAUACGCCGACUACAUCGAAACCGUCACGCUUGAAAAGGACGAAAUGAUCAGAACUCACACCAUUGAGACGGGCGAACUUCGCAAAAAGGUCAGCGUCCUCACUGAGCAUGUCCAACGCCUCGAGAGCGGCUCGAUGGCCCCUGCCGUGUCGCAAGUGAACAACCCCUUUGGCGGGGCCUACGACGAUAUGGGCGACAUGCCCAUGACCGAGGCCUGGGACGGCUCCGGCUACCUCAACGACUUUGCCGUCGAUCCUCCUCCAGUCAAACAGCAGAUGACCGUUGUUUCGGUCAAGAAAAACGACGCCACUAUCGUCGGGGACGGAGACAAGGGUGCCUCGCAAGGUGGACUGUUGUUCAUGCUGUUCCUCGUCGGCGCGUUUGUCAUGUCCAGUCGAUCCACGCCGGCUAUUCCGCGAGUCUCGGAAGACAUGCGGGCUGCAUCUGCCACUCUGCUCGACAACGUGCUCAAGGACGCCGGUGUCAACUCGCAGUCGCACACCAUGCAGCCCAUUGUCCCCCAGCCCUCUGGGACCAGCUGGUCGCAGCCCGCUCCCAGCGGCUCCAUGCCCGGCAUGGGCGUCUCUCCGUCGAUGCUCGAGGAGCUCGGUGAUUCGUUGACCCGGCCGACAGAGGAGCAGACCAACGAGCAAAUCUUUUCCUUGUCGGCGGCUCAAUACAAUGGGGUCAACAGCCAAGACUUUCUUCAACACUCGCCCCAGCGCUCCACCAGUCACGGUCGCAGGAAUCUGGCCGAGGCGCUCGCCUCGAUGCGAGCCGCCAACAAGCAGACUGGGGCCGCCGAUGUGUAUACACGCUCUCUACUCUGGGACCAGAUCCCCAGCGAAGUUGUGCGCAACUUUGCCAAAAUGGUUGCCGAAUGCAGCAAUGCACAUAACGAGCAGCAAUGCAGUGAAACAACAUGA